GAGAGUACGGUGAUAUCAAGGAGAGCGAAACGGCACGAGGAGAGGUUCUCGGAUGUGCGAAAAGGGUUGACAACAUAGCACCCGUUUGUGCAGCACAACGUUUCAGCACGACAUUGAGAUCGUCAGCAGAACCUAGAGCAUGGUAGGAAAUUUAGGUUAGUCUACGGCAUAGUGAGUAAAGCCGUUUAUACGUUGUAUGUGUAAGGAAUUUUCAGACAGGGCGAGCAAUGUCAGUGAAAGAUGGCCUAAAAACAACUGUAGGACGUGCCAACUAAUUCUGGUGGAUUCAAAUCUAGCUUGAUGAUGGAGCAAGCCCUUAAAGCCGCCCUGUUUCUCCUGACCCUGGUCGGUUUCUGGCUGGACAUUCACACCACUACACGGACAGCCUCUCCGACCCCAUGUAGAUCAGACCAGCACGGACAGACUGAUGACGAACUGGCUGCAGUGUAUGGCAUUCUUGAUGAAAUUGUCCCGCCAUCAGCAUACUCAAUUCACGUCCUACGGAACCUCCAGCUCCACAGCCAGCUUGGUGAUGCUCAUGUAGCUGCUGCGUCUAUUACACGAAGGAGUGAUGGAAAGCUUCGCCUGGUCAGCAGAUCUUUCUCAGGGGAUAGGGUUGGAUGGGCGGUGCUGAAAAGCACCGUGCAUUCGACCGGUUGGGCAACUCUAGAACUGCACACGAACGCAUCAUACGAGGACGGUGCCCAGGCGGAGGCUGCCGGCUUUCUGGAGGGCUAUCUAACUUCGCGGCUUAUCUGGGACUCCUACAGGAAUCUCCUGAAGGAUUACUGCAAUGGAAGAGUCCAGUACUGUCAGCGCCUGUUCGGCUAUCUUGCCCUCUCCUUGGACUGGGCGGAGGGCAAAGUGAGGGCAGCCACGACUAAAGAUGACGUCAUCUACUGGCACCAGUAUCGCCUGAUUACGUCACAGCUUCGCGCCAUGGUGGAGGGUUACAAUGCAGCUGCACGGAAGCUGGGAUUUCAGCGCCUGCGGUUCGCUCACUUUAUGCUCAUGUCCAUGAACGGCGACCUGAUCACGCUGGAGAAGGUGCUGCGAAUGCCGCGCACGCCUUGUCAGACCAAACGGACGGCGCUAACAUCCUGCUCGGCAAUGGUGAAGAUCGCGCCAGGCUUUGCGGACGUGCUGUUCGGUCACACGACGUGGGAUUCGUACUCACGAAUGCUUCGUAUCUACAAGCAGUAUGACUUGCGGUUCAAGCAGGACAAGCGUCGCGCCGCUGGCGUCAUUCCUGGACAUCGCAUCGCCUUCCCGUCAUAUCCGAUGAACUUGCAGAGCAACGAUGAUUUCUACACGAUCGGCACCGGGCUGGCCGUCAUGGAAACAACGCUGCCGGAUGACGACAGCCAGCUGCUGCUACGGGUUGAACCAUCGACGCUUCUCUACUAUUUUCGGGUGCAGAUCGCGAAUCGACUUGCUCGCAGCGGCGCUGACUGGGCUCGGCUCUUCUCACGCUUCAACAGCGGCACGUACAACAACCAGUGGAUGGUGUUCGACUUCAGCAAGUUUGUGCGCGGCAGACCCCUGCGACCAGGAGCACUGACCGUGCUUGAACAGCAACCAGGUAUGGUGCACUCUCAGGAUUUGACGGCACAUUUGAACACGGAGCGAUUCUGGGCCAGUUACAAUCGACCUUAUUUCGGCGCCCUCAUGGAUAGCAUGAAGUACCUGGACGAUAGUGCAGGAGAGGACGAGCUCAAAUUCGAUUUGCAACAGUUCAAUUACACCGCGUGCGUCCGUGGCAAGAUCUUUGCUCGCGACCAACACAAAGCUGUGGAUCUCCGGUCCGUGUUUGAUCUGCUACGCUACAACGAUUUUGAGAAUGAUCCCCUGGGGAAGUGUCGCGGAAAGCUAGGCCCAACCCGUUGCGGUACAAAUGCUAUCGCUGCCCGGGCUGACCUUACCCCAUUCGACGUAAAUGCCCCCGUUGUCCCGUUACGUCACGGGCGCAUGUUCGGCGCCACGGACUGCAAGGUGACAUCGGUGCAGAUGAUGACGAGGCAGGAGGCGUAUGUUGUAUCGGGGCCUACACACCAACAGCAGCCCGUGUUCAACUGGCGUUUGUCGGGAUUUGAAAAGCCCCACGGCCACCCGGACAAGUUUGACUUUAGACCUGGUCGCAUGUCCUGGUCGGCAGAGGAUCAGCACUAA